AUGCCCAACUCCUGCCCUGGAUAUGCCUUCUAUGUGGAGCAAUGCAGUACGGAGCGAGACAGUGGGAAAGUGACCAAAAGGGCCCAGCUGCAGCCCUGUGGCCAAGUAUGGGGUGCCACAGAGGAUCCUGAGGUGUCUGUCCCAGGCCUGUCUCACUCGCUACCCUCCAACAGACCCCUUCUCGCUUCUGGUUCUGUUUUCUCAUCCAUGAAGCAUCUUCCCCUCCAUGGCUCCACCAGCUUCUGGAGGAGUGGAGCUCUUGUGUUGCUUCUCUUCCUCUCCUUGGAGCAGACUUCCGCAUCGUACACUGCCAAAAUCAAACAGAAAGUGGGUGAGUGCCCCAGCAAGCGGUUGGAAUGCGGAAGUAGGGUUCCAAACCCAUGCACAACAGACUUCAGCUGUGAGGCACAUUUCAAGUGUUGUCCUUUCUCCUGUGGGAAUUUAUGCAUAGAUCCUUAUGAAGAACCCUGCAUGUUACCCUCAGACGCAGGAGACUGCCAUGACAAUCAGACUCGCUGGUAUUUUGACUCUGAGAAGCAUUAUUGCAGACCUUUUACAUACAGUGGAUGUCAUGGGAAUUCCAACAACUUCCUCAGCAAGAUGGACUGCAAGAACGCCUGCAUGUUAAUUGUGAAGAAGGGACAGUGCCCACUCUUCCCUUUCCAAAUGAGGAUGGAGUGCCCGCCCUCCUGCAAGAACGACAUGGACUGCCUGGAGAAGGAGAAGUGCUGCGAGUCCAGGUGUGGCUUCAUUUGUGCCAGGGCCUGGCUAGUCAAAACAGGUUUCUGCCCAAGUAAGCCCAUGAUAUGCUCGAAGAUCGACAAGCCCAAGUGCUUGAAGGACAACGACUGUCCCCUGGACGAGAAGUGCUGCUCACGCUGCGGCCUGAAGUGCUUGGAAGCCAAACACUGA